AUGGUUGCUGCGAUGAAUGCACACAAGCAGCAGCGCGGCGGUGCGCAGGAGGACAGUUUGUUGUGGACGCUUCUCGGGUCGCUGGAUCGAACGAUGGAAGACUACGACAUCGAUACGGUGGCCUGUGCGCAGCGGACGAUUUGCUGGUACGUGCGGGAGGCUAACGUAGCGGUCGCCGAGGGUAAGCCCACGCCCGUGGACACCGUAGUCGAGGGGCUGUCGCGGGCCGACUGGAUGGACCGGUUUCUCACCGGUACCGCCAUCGAGCAGGCGAUCCAGGCGGGCCGGGAGCGCAAGACGAGCUGCGAGAAGAUGUUUCCCCACUGUGCGAUCGGCAGCUUCGUGGAGCACCUGGUGCGUAUGGCAGGGAAGCGGUAA